AUGAAGACGUUUAUUCCCUUCGCGCUUCUUGCGCUCUCCAACGUGUCCUCGGGGUGCCUUUUGCCCCACGAGCGAGAUGAUGCCGCUGGAUUGAAGCCUCUUGUCCGUCGCCAGGGCAGCAACGGAGCUCCGAUUGGCUCAGGCGAUAGAUUCAGUGGUGGCGCAACUGCACCGCGAGGACUGGGAACCCAAUCCUCAUCCGCUUCAAUCGGCACGAUUCUCAACACCAAGGAGGUUUUGAGUGGCCUGCAGGGCCUCGCGAACACCUACGGAAUCGAGACAUUCAACACUCCGUACAAGACCGUCCAGGGCGCAACUGUCGUCGGAGCGAGAGUCGGUGGCACCGCAGGCAACUGCACCGAUGCCUAUCGUGUCUACUUCAACGGCAACAUCCACGCUCGAGAGCGCGGUUCCGCCGAUAGCGUCCUAUACUUUAUCUCCGAUCUGUUGUACGCCAACAAGAACAACGUCGGACUCACGUACGGAUCCAGGUCCUACACCAACGCUCAGGUCAAGACAGCUCUGGCCGCGGGAAUUGUCUUCGUCCCUCUGAGCAACCCCGAUGGAGUGGCCUAUGACCAGUCAUCAAACAGCUGCUGGCGAAAGAACCGCAACCCCAAUGGCGGAGUUGACCUGAACCGCAACUUCGACUUUCUCUGGGACUUCAAAAAUCUGUUUGCCUCCUCGGCCCAGUCAAGCGUUGCCUCAACCUCUCCUAGCUCUGAGACAUACCACGGAACCAGCGCUUUCUCUGAGCCUGAGACCAAGAACAUCAAGUGGGUGCUGGACACGCACUCCAAGAUCCGUUGGUACAUCGACCUUCACUCAUAUGCAGGCGACGUCCUGUGGAGCUGGGGCAGCGAUGAGAACCAGUCCUCGUAUCCCACCAUGAACUUCCUCAACGGCACCUAUAGCAAAGUCCGUGGUAUUCUCACCGAUACUCCCUCUCCCGGCAGGGGCUAUGGCGAGUAUCUCCCCCAAGCGGACUCUGACACCCAGGUCGCCGUGGCCAAGCGCGUGGCCUCAGCCCUGACUGCAGGCGGCGGCAGGUCUUACACGUCUUUCCAGUCUGCCGACCUGUAUCCCACAUCGGGAGCCAGCGACGAUUAUGCCUACUCACGACACUUCGCCGACCCCACCAAGAAUCUCAUCCACGCAUACACGGUCGAGUUUGGUUUCGAGAAUAACGCUGCGUCAUGCCCCUUCUAUCCCACUGUCUCCACAUUCAACUCCAACCUCCGAGCAACCAGUGCUGGUUUCAUGGAGUUUUUGUUGGCAGCUACUGACAAUGGGCUUGGAGAUGCACCCACUUGUUAA